UGUCAGCCGACAGUCUGUGACGCCCUUUGCUGUGCCCCGCUGAUAUUUGGGAGCAGAAUGGGGGGGCUCUGCUCUAAACUUAGACCGGACAGCACCACUCUUCAUCGCAGCAUACUCUGCAGACCACUGUGGAUUACAAUGGGUGGUGUCAGGUUACCGCAGAUGCUGCUUUAUCUCAGCGGCGAAGCUGGAAAAACAAGAUGUAGACUUAAGGGCACUGCAGGGUUUUUCUGUCUUUCACUGUAUUCUUCUCUGUCACGAUGGGCAGCUAUAGUUCAGCCCUCAUUCCCGGUAACACUCAUGAUGGAGGAGGAGCGAAAGAAAACCCAGAGUGAAGUAAAGAACUCGCUGCCAGAAGGAACUCAACAAACAACUCAGAAUGGAUCCAUCCCGCCUGCAUUAGAAACCAAAACUGUGCCCACAGAGUCUUUCUCCUCUCUCCUGCCAAAGGCUAUCUCUGCUGUGCUGCACCCAGCUCCGCCUGCAGGCAUCAACUCACAGCCCAGCAGAAAUCCAGAAGGGCACGCCUCGCCAAACCUGGAACAACUGCAGACAGAGCUGAGAGACCUGAAGGGCCAGUUUGAACAGAUGAAGACUCAGCACAACAAAGAAAUCAAACUGCUGAUGAAUGAGCUGGAUGAGGAGAAAAGGAUUCGCUUAACGUUACAGAUGGAAAUUCAGCGAAUGAAGAAGCACAUGUCUAAAUGAGCAAAGACGACUAUUCUUUCAUCAGAUUCAUCAGAUUUCUGAUUUACCAUUUCUUUUUGGACUGCUGAGUGGGCUGACCCAGAGGGCUUAAUAUUUUUACUGAGUCACUGGUGAAAGUGCAAAGAUGGAAGCAGACAUAAAGACGGAGGCUGCAGCAAACUGUCCUUUUCCUCUGGAGACGACCGGCGCAGUUACACAUCAAACAUCUUGUUUUUUUCUCGUCACGUCACCAAAGGCAUUCAUAAACAUUCUUGCCGGGGAACUGUAAUCUCACAUUUUGAGUUUUCCAGGAGAUUUCACUUAUCACCGUCCAUUAAGACAAUGAUUGGUGGUAAUAUGUACUACAGCAUAAUUGAACUGCAUUUUUAUCCAUUGUGACAGUGACUCCAAGAGAGAAAAGGAUGAGAAAUGACAAGCAGCAGCUCAUUUACAGAGACUAAAGAGUUUGUUUAUAAUAAUGUAAUAUGGAUGAGCACACAGAUUUUAGGCUUAAAAAGAAAAAAAAUAGCACUUGUUUUCUUUCUGAUUGCACAAAGAAUGUAAAUUUACUGGGUGCUGAUGUGCAUUGUGUGUUUAUUAAAAAUAAAUAUAGUUACUACUGAUAUA